AUGGCACCUGAACUUAAACUUCCAAUUUCCUCUCAUUUCACGGGACGUCUUACCUAUCGGGGUACAGAUAGGUUCAGAUAUAUCAAGGCCAAGUUUACUGAGAUGGAUUUGGUUGAGACAGUGAAGGCUAGUCCUUUCGGACACUUUUGGGAAGCUGGAGAGUUGACUUUCUCCGGCGCGUUGGUCCACAGCCUCCUCUUAAGAAAAAUGAAAGUGGACACAGAAAAGGAGGAUGAGGUUUGGUUUCAUGUAGGGAGAAAUGACAUGAGAUUCGGACGGAUAGAGUUUGGACUCAUUACUGGCUUACCUAUGGGUAGUGCCCCUACAGACGAGGAAAUACACGCCAAGUCCAACGACCAUCUAGUUCGGACUUAUUUUGAAGGGAAGAGUUCUGUUCAGUUGGACUCCCUUAUGCUCCAACUUGAGAGGUGCGAAGAUAAAGAUGAUGCCUACAAGCUUGGACUGAUCGCUUUCAUUGAAGGUGUAUUAGUAUCAAAGGAGGGCAAUGUCCAAGUUUGGCCUGAGAUGUUGAAGUUUGUUAACGAUCUCGAAUUCUUCUUUAAGUAUCCGUGGGGCGAGCGCGCUUUCCGUAAGCUGAUGGAGACAUUAGGAAAGAAUAUGCAACAUUACAAGGAUAAUGUUGACAAGAAGAAGGGGAAGAAGAUUGCUCAGGAGGCAAAGUACACUGUUAGUGGCUAUGUGCCUGCCUUUCAGUACUGGGCAUACGAAGCAAUUGAGAAGUUGGGGAAGAAGUAUGCCCACUGCAACGGGACCAAGUUCCCCAGAAUGUUGAGCUGGAAAACACCGGAGGGCCAGCGGAAACAAGAUGUGAAGGCAACCGACAUUGCACUGUUAUUCAACAGUCGGUUGGUGGUGAAGAAGUGCUUGUUUCCCCGGCCCAGUGAAGAGGCAUACUUUAAGAGUAUUAAUGAGGGUAAAGCCCCUCUUUGCUUUGAGAUGGACGUAGAACAAACGGUAGACGUUGAUGGUACACAGGAGUCCGUGUUUGAAACUCAAGCGAAGACCAUCAACGAGGCCGUCACAAAGGCAAAUUUAGUUCCACCACCACCGGCACCUGAAGUACACGAGCCAUCUACUUCAGCAGGUCCUUCUGCUCCAACCAGUACAACUGUGGACACUGACCUUGUAAAGAGGUUGGAUAGUAUUGAGGCCCGGCUGGAGAAGCUUGAGUCCCAGCAGGAAGCCGUCAUGUUGGCACAGACGGGGUUAGUAAAUAGCCAUCUCAGCAUGAGGCGGUCCUUCACAGAUAGUCAGAAAGAUCUGAAGGAGACUCUACUGGCUAAGAUGGACGAGUUGAUGGCUAUGGUAAAAGGAGCGGCCACACCUGGAGAGCCCACACCUGCACCGCAAAAUGAGGAAGAACAGGCGAGUGAUAACGAAGAUAUCUUCCCAAAAGAUUGGGAAGCAGAUGAUAACGAGGCACCGUCAACUCCAUUGGAAGCAAUUAUCACGGCCAUUGGGGAUACACAAUCACAGGACGAAGUCCUACUUCUACCUGCACCCCCAGAAAAUGUGCCAUUUGUGAGGAAGAGGAAGCCGCCAAAGUACUUGAACGACUACACUGCGGAAAAGAAAAAGAGGCGAGUUCUUCCGGAGAACGUAGACCCGGAGAGACCAGCAGACCGUAGAUUGCUUCGUACGUUCAAGAGGUGGUUGAUUGGAGACAUUCCCAAUGCUCGACCUAGGAAUGUGCACACCGGUGUUGGCGAUGUGAAGUUCUUCACAAUUUUAUUUCUUAGGUCGGAGUGGCUUCACGAUGAUCACAUAGAUGCCAUAUCACACUUGAUGAGGAGGAGACGCCAUCAUUUUCCAGAGUUGUACCCUCAGCCAGGUGUGAUUUUGGACACAACACUUCCACAAUUCCUCAUAGGCAUUUGGAGUCGCACGGCCCAGUGA